AACGGUCGCAGUCGUGGGAACAACGGCAGACUCCACGCUUCCCCUUCCCCCUCCACUUCGUUUGAAACGACCCGCACGCAUUCAUAAUGUCUGAACCCUACGACCCAUACCUUCCGCGCAAUGGCAGCUCCUCUGGCGCCCCCGGUGGCGGCCAAGGCGGCAACUCGAAGACCGCAGCAAUUCAGGCGCAGAUUGACGACACUGUUGGCAUCAUGAGGGAGAACAUCACCAAGGUUGCGGAGCGUGGCGAGCGGCUCGAUUCUCUCCAGGACAAGACGGACAAUCUCGCUGUGUCCGCUCAGGGAUUCCGCCGGGGAGCCAACCGGGUGCGAAAG